UGAACGGACGCCUCCUCUGACCACACUGUGUUGAGGAACUCAUGAGGUGAACAAAAGCCUCCUCUGACCACACUGUGUUGAGGAACUCAUGAGGUGAACAAAAGCCUCCUCUGACCACACUGUGUUGAGGAACUCAUGAGGUGAGCGGAAGCAGGAGCCCAUAUAACCUGAACCCCCUCAUCACAUAUUCAGAUGCCUGGUUUGUAUAUGUUUAUGAUUAGGCUUAUUUUUCUGUUAAAUUCUGUUUAGUCUAUUACUAAUAUUGGUAUAUCCCCGAGCGCCGCUGUUUAGUUUAUUAUUAAUAUUGGUAUAUCCCCGAGCGCCGCUGUUUAGUCUAUUACUAAUAUUGGCAUAUACAUUUAAUUAGCCCAUAUGACUUUAAAAACUUAGGCGAGUAUUUGGUAAAACUGGCUUGAUUUUUGGAAAUUAGGUUUCCAAAAAAAAGUGUACAGAUUAAUAAAUGGGUGAAUGAAAAGUGGUACGUAAAAAGUGAAUGAACGACUGAAAGCAAUUUUGCUAAAUGUCAUUUGAAAAUUGUUAGGCUACACUGGAUCAUCAACUUACUGUAUUAUUCAUAUAUGUAGUGGACAAAUAAUGUUCGUUUUCAAAUAACAUCUAAACAUACAAUGUGAUCUUCGAAUCUGAUUUAUUAUUAUUUUCUACUUAGCACAUAUUAUUGAACAACAACAAAAUCCACUGCAACCUCAGUUUUAUCCCUGGAAGCAAAAACAUAUUUGGUAUCACUAGAUAUCUAUCCUUACGUGACCCAGGCAUCUAGGGAUAGUCAUUUGAGACAUGGCUUCAUGCCCAGUGUGCAGUAACACACACAAAGAUACUCCUACACUCACAGAUAACAGUUAAAAGUUCAGUAUCACAGAGUAUCAUGCAAAUCAGCACAGUUUAAGGAUGAGGUCAUAGCUAAAAGAAGUGUGAGCAUCACUUCAGCAUAGGCCAACUACUUUAUUGCUAAAUAUCUUUGACGUUAACCAGUCUCUUGUUUAACCCAAUUAUUGAUAUACAGUGCUGAAAGGUUUGCUGAUCAAAUAUAAUUAUUGAUAUACAGUGCUGACAGGUUUGCUGAUCAAAUAUAAUUAUAUUUUAGAGAGUGUGUUGUAUAUGUGUAUUCCAUAUUAUUUGAUAUCUAUAUUCUUUCAUAUUCUAGUCUUUGAUAUGUGAACUCUCCCAUUGGAGGUCAGGCUUUUCCACUCAUGAGGUCACUUGAGGGCUAAUGGCUCACAGGUUUGAACUUUGUCUGUCCAAUCUCAAUUCCCAACUCAUGUCACAUGACACGUGGAGCAGGAAGUAUAGUCACCACUAUGACAACACGGCAGUGACUGCUGGACUUUGAAUUAUCUGCCCCGACGGAAGACUUGUAUAUAACGUGGUGAUUGAAAAGAAGCUGUACUCAUCUGAUACGCUAGAUCUACCCUCACUGAGAGCUUGCAACUCAGGAAUAACGUAAAGAUGAAGGUGUUCCUGGUCCUCGCCAUAGCUGUCUUUACAGGUUGCAAUGCCAACCUCUUCUAUGCUGAUGAGCCCAAACCACAACUGGAGCAGCUGACAGAUGCAUUCUGGGACUAUGUUGCCCAGGCAACUCGCACAGCAGAGGACACAAUUCAGAUGAUCAGAAAGUCUCAGCUGGGCCAGGAUGUUAGUGCUAGACUCACAGAGAGUGCCAACGUGGCCAGCCAGUAUGCCGUCACCCUCCAGAAUCAGAUGACCCCUCUGGCUCAAGAGCUCAUGACCAAGAUCACCCAGGAGGCUGAGGUUCUGAGAGAGCGUCUGGGGCAAGAUUUGACCACCGUCAAGGGGAAACUGGAGCCUUACACAGAGGACAUGAGGGCCCAGGUUCUGCAGAGGGUUGGGGAGCUCAAGGCUGCCGUGGCUCCCUAUGCUGAGUCUCUUGACUCCGAGUCCCUGAAGACCACCCUGCUCCAGAAGAGUGAGGAGCUGAAGGGGAGUCUGGAGCAGAGUGUGAAGGAGCUGCAGUCCCAGCUGGGCCCCUACACCGAGGAGCUCAGGCAGAAGGUGGACCAGCACCUGCAGGACUUCCAGACCAACGUGGCCCUCUUGGCUGCCGACCUCCAGACCCAGCUGGCCCAGAGAGCCCAGAUGGUUCAGCAGAACCUGGCACCCUACGCGGAAGACCUGAAAGGCAAGCUGGACCCCUACGCCCAGGACCUGAAAGCCCAGCUCACCUCCCUGUAUGAGUCCUUCACCAAGACCAGCUAAAUACUCCACAUUAAUGGCACUGAAGACAUUGUGACUCCAACUAUCCAUUUUAUCAGUUGUACCUUCUGUAUUUGUACAUCUUUUGCUGUUCAGAAAGACUACACAAGAUGAGCAAGAACAAAUCUAAGCUGCUAUUAAUUGUAUAUAUACUUGUUUUCCUAUAAGGCUGAAGAUAUGUCACUUUUAAGAUGCUUAAUUUAUUAACAAAAUAAAAUGUUUACAUUCUU